AUGGCGGCUCGCUGUUCCUUGCGCUGGUGCGCAGUGGCAGUGUCCGGGGUGAGGGGACAGCUGCUGCCGGGAGUACACCGAUGGACCCGAACCGAGGCAGCCCAGCUAUUGGCUCUGCGGGUAGUGGGGGCCCAAGUCCUCGCAGGAGGUCAUGUCUCCCAAUUUCACACAAGUUCAUCCGCGUGCAACAAAACCGACUUCUACCAGGUGUUGGGGGUCCCCAGAAAUGCGAGCCAGAAAGAAAUAAAGAAGGCCUAUUACCAGCUGGCCAAAAAAUACCAUCCUGACACCAACAAAGAAGAUCCUCAGGCCAAGGAGAAGUUCUCUCAGUUGGCUGAAGCUUAUGAGGUUCUAAGUGAUGAAAUGAAACGCAAGCAAUAUGAUGCAUACGGCACUGCUGAUUUUGCAGCAGGUGCCGGCAGAGGUGGACAGCAGUACUGGAAGGGCGGCCCUACCGUAGAUCCAGAGGAACUUUUCCGCAAGAUCUUUGGGGAGUUUAGUGGCAGCUCUCCAUUUGGAGACUUCAACAAUAUUUUUGAUCAGCCCCAGGAGUACUUCAUGGACCUCACCUUUAUCCAGGCAGCCAAGGGAGUCAACAAGGAGAUUUCAGUUAAUGUCAAAGAUACAUGUCCGAGGUGCAAUGGAAAAGGAAAUGAGCCUGGCACGAAACUUAAUCACUGCCACUAUUGCAAUGGCACCGGCAUGGAGACGAUUAACACCGGGCCCUUUGUCAUGAGGUCAACAUGUCGACGAUGUGGUGGAAAGGGGACUACAAUGACAAAUCCUUGUCUGUCCUGCCGGGGUAGUGGGGAGACCAAACAGAAGAGGACUUUGACUGUGCCGGUUCCUGCAGGUGUGGAGGAUGGGCAGAGUGUUCGAAUGCUAGUGGGAAGGAAAGAGGUUUUCAUCACAUUUCGGGUGCAAAAAAGUCCAAUCUUCAGACGGGACGGAGCAGACCUCCACUCAGACUUGUCUGUUUCCAUCGCUCAAGCUGUCCUCGGAGGCACUACCAGAGCACAAGGCCUUUAUGAACCCAUCAUUGUUGAUAUCGCACCUGGUUCGCAGCCAGAUCAGAGAGUUAGAUUCAACGGCAAAGGCAUAAAAAAAGUGAAUAGUCCUGGCUUUGGAGAUCACUAUUUUCACAUUAAGAUAAAGGUUCCAAGAAAUCUGUCAGACAGACAGCGGGCACUGAUGUUGAGCUUUGCUGAGGAAGAGACAGACGUGGAGGGCACGGUGAAUGGCAUUUCCAACACAACAGCAGGUAAAGAGAAACUAUACAAACUCAGCAGAAUAUUGAUGAUACACGGAAUCUCGAGACGGAAUGGAAUGUUUUAA